AUGCGCGCUCGGUUGCCAGUGUCUCUGGCCCUGGGCGUCAGUCCGCGCCAGGCCCCGAGACCAUGCAGUUCUUUUGCGCGCAAUGCAAUCUUCACGCCGACACUCAGAACUAUCGCAUCCGACACCAAUGGGCCAGCCCGCCUCUACUCGACCGCCUCGGGUAUUCUCCGGAACGGGCCUCAUGCCCUCUUACCCCGGAAUGACAGUCUCAAAUAUACCCCAUCCACGUCUCACAUUAUCGCUUCAGCACGCUUCUUAUCAUCUUCGCCGAAAUCUUCUCAAGCAAAAAACCCAGCGCCUGCGGAAACCGAGAACACAGCUGCCCGGUCAACUCCGGAACCGGAAGAGGACAAAGGCUUCGAAUUAUCCGAGCGAGCAGCGCAGGCUGCCCAAGUGAACAUGAGCGCCAGAUUGAACAAAGACGGCGGAAAGAAAUCCGGCUUCUCAGAGAUCGUGCGACUAUUGAAAAUCGCACGUCCUGAGUCCAAGGCCCUCACAUUUGCCUUCUUCUUCCUUUUGGUCUCCUCGGCAAUCACUAUGUCAAUUCCUCUGUCCAUUGGUAAGAUUAUCGACGCUGCCACCAAGAACAUCUCCGAGGGAACUGGCGAACUGUUUGGCCUGAGCAUGCCCAUGUUCUACACUGCCUUGGGUGGAAUCCUCCUAGUGGGCGCUGGUGCCAAUUACGGCCGCGUCAUCAUCCUCCGCAUCGUUGGAGAAAGAAUUGUCAGCCGGCUUCGUUCCAAGCUCUUCCGUCAGACCUUCAUCCAGGACGCCGAGUUCUUCGACGCCAACCGGGUUGGUGACUUGAUCUCCCGUCUUAGCUCCGACACUGUUAUCGUUGGCAAGAGUAUUACGCAAAAUCUUUCUGAUGGACUGAGAGCCGCUGUGAGCGGUGCGGCUGGAUUCACGAUGAUGGCCUACACCAGCGCAAAGCUGUCUGCUAUCUUGCUUGUCUUGCUUCCUCCCGUUGGUUUGGGUGCUUUCUUCUAUGGUCGAGCCAUCCGGAACUUGAGUCGCCAAAUCCAGAAGAACCUGGGAUCAUUGACUAAGAUUGCCGAAGAGCGCUUAGGCAACGUCAAGACGAGCCAGUCGUUUGCCGGUGAAGUGCUCGAAGUCAAUCGGUACAACACGCAAGUUCGCAAGAUCUUCGACCUAGGCAAGAAGGAAUCCUUGAUCAGUGCAGCUUUCUUCAGUUCAACAGGCUUGGCUGGAAACUUGACGAUCAUGACGCUUUUGUAUGUCGGUGGAGGUAUGGUGCAAUCGGGCGCCAUCUCCAUCGGUGAGUUGUCAUCUUUCCUGAUGUAUACCGCCUACGCAGGCUCUAGCAUGUUUGGACUCUCAAGCUUCUAUUCCGAGCUCAUGAAGGGUGUGGGUGCGGCUAGUCGACUCUUUGAGCUGCAGGACCGUCCACCCACAAUUCAUCCCACCAAGGGUCUCAAGGUUGAGACUGCACGCGGCCCAAUCCGAUUUGAGAAUGUCACGUUCAGCUACCCUACUCGUCCUGCUGUGAAGAUUUUCAACGAAUUGGACUUUGAGAUUCCUCAAGGAACAAACGUUGCUGUCGUCGGACCAUCUGGGGGUGGCAAAUCCACUAUUGCAUCGCUUUUACUUCGAUUCUACGGCCCCACCGAGGGUCGCGUCUUGAUCAACGGAAAGGAUAUCAAGGGAAUGAACGCCAAGUCUCUUCGGAGAAAGAUUGGUGUCGUUUCGCAAGAGCCUGUGCUCUUCUCUGGGACAAUCGCUGAAAAUAUUUCCUAUGGAUUGCCUCGCGCCACACGAUCGGAAAUUAUCGCUGCUGCCCGCAAGGCUAACUGCCAGUUCAUCAGCGACUUCCCCGAUGGACUUGAUACCCAUGUCGGUGCUCGCGGAGCCCAGCUUUCUGGUGGCCAAAAGCAGCGCAUUGCCAUUGCUCGAGCCCUCAUCAAGAACCCGGACAUUCUGAUCUUGGAUGAAGCUACUUCGGCCCUGGACGCCGAAUCCGAAACCCUCGUCAACAGCGCAUUGGCUUCUCUGCUCCGUGGCAACAACACAACCAUCAGCAUUGCCCACCGUCUUUCAACCAUCAAGCGCUCUGACACCAUCAUCGUUCUCGGAAACGAUGGAAAGGUCGCCGAGCAGGGCUCAUACGAGCAGCUCAGCUCUCGCCCAGAUGGCGCCUUCACCAAGCUCAUGGAAUGGCAAAUGAGUGGCGGUGACACACCUCCCACUUCAGCCCACCCCAUUGAGAGAGAUGACUUCUGGCAACUCGAGAAAGAGGCCGAGUCGUCAGAGCCAGAGAUCGAACAAGAACUGGCAGAGGAGACCUCCCGCAAGAACUAA